UCUGAGUACUGUUAAGCUAUAAAAGAAGGCAAGAUAUAAAAUUGCACAUGUGGUAUAAUAUCAACUAUGUAAAAAGCUCAGAAAAAAAUACUGGCGCUGUCUUAGGCUGAAGAGUGGAGCAGAAGCGGAACGAGGUUUGCUCACUGGCUACCCAGGCCUGCUCCCUUGGGUCUCACGCCCUUUGAGGUUCAUCCUGUGAAAGAGGCAGACGGCACUGCGGUUACCUGGGGGACUCUGGGGCCAGACCACCCGCGUGUAGCUCCUGGCAGUGCCACUUCCUGGCCAGGUGACCUCAGGCAAGGUAGUUAGGUAAGCUCUGUGCUUCAGUUCGCUUCAACCGCGAAGCAGAAAUGGCCACAGCACUCCCUCGCAGGCCUCUGAGGACCGCACGCCUUAACACAUGCAAAGCACUGAGAUCAGCACCUGGCACACAGCACAGGGUCCACCAUGUUAGCUGCCAGUAUAUGGACAGAAAAGUGAAGUUCCGUGAGUUCCCCACCCAAGGUCACAGGUUCUCACAGGCACACUCUGAACCCACUGAUGCCUGAUUCCGAAGGCACGCUAGCUUCUUGCCAUUGCACCACUCGAGGAAUGAAGUGCAGGGGGGGAGAUGAGGCAGCGCGCCCAUAACUACUGCAAGACUGGCCGAGACAAGACCUGCGAGCACCAUGAAGGCUCAGAGGAGGAGCAAUGACACCUGCCUGGGAAUGGUCAGGAAGGCUCCCUCGCAUAGGUGGGAAUGGAGAUCGACCUUGAACGCUGAGAAAGAUGCGAAUAGGUUGUGAUGGUGGAGGCAAGGACUUCCAGCUGAGGGUACAGGCUGAACAAAGGCAGGAGACUGGACCUCCCACAUGGACAAGGUCCGUCAUCCGCUAGGGCCGGGGUCCUAGACGGGGAUUCCUCAGUCUCAGCACUAUUGACAUUUGGGGCCAUGUAGUUCUUUACUGUGAGGCUGUCUGGGCAUCGUAGAAUGUGGCAGCAGCUCUGGCUUAUAGCCACUUGAUGCCAGGAGCAUCACUCCCCCAGUUGUGACAACCAAAAGUGUCUCCAGACACUGCCAGAGGCCCCCUGGGUGGGGGCCAAAAUCACCCGCAGUUGAGAACCAUCACCCCAGGUAAAUGGAAUUCUCAGGAAGCCCCCAAACCACUCCUUUGCUAACAGGAGCGUGGCUUCUCAUUCUUUGCCUCGUUGUGGAGUGUCUUCAUGAGCAGGAAGGACUACGCUGCAGGCCGCAGGAAGGGAGAGGGUAAGUCAGCCCUCCGUCAUCCACAGUGCCUGGAACCGAGCGCUCAGGAUUUCUCAGCAUGUGAAGGUGUGGCUCAACAGCCAGCCAGCCUUCCUGGUCCAGAAGCGCCAUCCCAGAUGAGGAAUUUGUUGUUUCAGCCAGCAGACCAGCAAGAAUGAUGACAUUUCACAAGGCCGGGGCUGCAGAGGAGAGGAGAUGAGGGCAAUGCUGAUGACAGCACCCGGCCAGCUAUGUGACUUUGAGAACAGUCACUUCCCCUUUCUGGGUACAGUUUUCUCAUCAGUAAAGCGGAGCAGUUGCGGGACAUCUGAGAUUUCUGCCAGGCGAGCGCUUCUCUUUGAGCCCUGUAAAGAGCAGUGAGGGGACGGUUUCCAGCUCACAGGGAAUGAGUUCUGUGAUCAACUAGUAAUGUCUGCUAGGAGCACAGGAAUGGGGGGAUCAGGUGUGACGACAUGCAUGGAAUAUAUUUGCUGUCUAUUCUAAAGGAUUCAUCUAGAAUGUCUGGGGUCUGUGUGAGGGCAAGGAGCUGUGGACGGGAGAGCAGGGCUCUUCUUCCUCCAGCAUCUCUAGAGGGGAAAGCCCCCCCUCAAGAUUCUAUUUUAAAAUAAGAGCUGCUCUGCAAGUGGACAGGAGAAAAUGGUCCCUACAGGCCAUGGAGCCCCGCCUCUGUCUCAGGGGACCCUCAAUCAUUUGUUCAUCCAACAAAGAGAAUUAGGCCCAGGCGAGAGGAGAACUCCAGGACAUCCACCACUUCUUUCCUUCUCCCCUACACACAAUCUGGAACUGAUAAGAGGAUUUGGAUUGUGCUGAGGGUAGAAAGACAAAGGGGGGAGGAAGGGAAAGAGUGAAGUUUGGCACAGUGGAAAGUACAUGGGCUUUGGAGGGACAGUGCCCAGGCUCUGCCACUUACCAGCUGUGUGAUCUUGGGCAACUUACUCAACCUCUCUGAGCCUUGGUCGAAAUAAGGCCUAACAAUCCGUGUCUCCCUCACCACAGAGGGCCAGCAUGCAGUGAGCACUCAUGGAUGGCCAAGUGUAGGAGAGGGCAGGCUGGAAUGUUCACACAGCUCACAAACAUGCAGGCUCUCAGAUGCUAAGCUCAGGAACUCCUCCUCGGCCUGGGGUCUGGACCCGUGUGACGCAGAAGCAGAGAAUGAGCUGAGGAGGACAAGGACGAGACCAGAGAGGAGGGAAGAUCCGAGGAGAAUGUGGGAAAGAGGUUAAGUCAACCGCACAAGCAAGAGUUGGCAGAAGGGAGAAGGAAGCGGGCCUGGAGCCAAGGGGGCGAUAGGGAGAGAGCUUCCUGAAGGUUCCAGGGACUGGGGGAGGAGCUAAAACGGAAUAAAGGCAGGGCUGCCCGAGGUCAUGAAUCAGAUUCCCUCAAUGUCUGUCAAAAGAGGAGAAGAAAUUCCUUUUAAAUUCCUUUUCUCCUCUUUGCACUGUGCUUCAAGGGUUCUACUCCACUCCUGGACUGAGCCACUUGGGCCACCGCUCCGGCGGGGCUGCAGACACUCGUGGGCAUUUUCCUCCCAAGAGGAGACGUGCCACAGGGAGACAACUGGCUCUUACUAGAUACCAGUUAUUUGAAGGCCGAGCGGGCCUGGUUUUCUGGCAUGUUCUCUUAGCAGAUAUCGUCAGGGCCCGGCCUUAUGGCUUCAGCACUCCUCACUCCCACGACAGUCUCUGACCUGCCCCUGAGCUCUCUGCCUCGAGGCUUCUCCAGCUUCAGGGCUGUACUUGGUGAGCAGUUCAGGGGGGCAUUAAGGCAGCCCCUGGAGCAGCCCUCGCCCAAUAGUAAAUGGAGGUCGGUAGACACAUUCUAUAGCUUUCUCACCCUUUGGGUAGGAAAACUCUGCGAUGCGUCUACACUAUCUCUCAGAGGUCCCCGGCAGGACCGGACCCAGAUGUUCCCAAGUGUUCCUAGACCCCAGAUGUCCACAGUGGUGAGCUGCUCAGUAACAUACCCACAGUAGCUCCCUUCCCUUCCCGUCUCACUCCUGCCAACCCCCACCAUCCAAUUAGCUACUGGUACUGGAAUCCUAGUCCCAGAGUCUGUUUCUAGCAGAACCCAAUUACAGAGUCAGGACUCUAGAUACUGCAUUCCAUUGACGUGGAAUUGAUGCUGACUUGAUCUGGAAAGAAAAUGUGGCUUCUCCCUUAGCUGUUCACAUUCUUUCAACACGCCUGCGACCAGUAGCCCCUCCAGCACAGACAAAGACCGAUCCCACAGGUCCAUGGGCCCAGAUGCCGCCACAUUCUUCCCCAGACACUACUGCAAGCAGCUGCUUCCCCGGGACCAGCGCUGGCCCCAGAACCGGAACCUCUCUGGGGGCUCCGUUCACACAUGACCACGACAGACACAGUCCAGGAGAGACGGGAGGGAAGAGCUUUUUCAGAGGACCAGGAGGGCCAGGAGCUUGGGGUGUUCCCAAGAGAAAGGAGGGGCGCCUGGCGAACAUUCUGCCUGGCCUGCCUCCAGCUUCCCUCCUCACAGGGAUGGCACAUCUCAGGGCAGCACCUUUCCCCCAUGGGGAAACUCUUGUCUUUGAACCACUCGGUGUUUGAACGGAGGAGCACAAGGGACCCAGGGCUCAGGGGGAGGGUGCUGCAAGAGGCUCCUUGUUUUAUGACAGAGGCCCGACGGUCUCCGGGAGAGUUGUGCAACCAGCAGGCGGGAAGCUGGCUCACCUUGGCCUCCCGCUGCUGCUGGGAGGAGAGGAAAUCUCCCAGGGCUGAGUGUGCCAAGGCGUGAUGGAGCCAGCCCUCCAGGCCCGCAGGCAGGGCGGGUGUCACUCACAGAUAAGCCAACCCCUGGUGCAGAGGAUGAUCGCUGUGAAGCACUGCCCAGGACAGCGGGAAAUCAGUCCCUCGGAGCAGGCGCGACGGGUGGCAGGUUGGGCUGGACGUGGGGAGCUUCCCCCGGGUGCCGAGAGCCUCGGUCCUCCUUUGUGGCGUGGCCCGCCUGCCCCUGCCAUCAGGAAGAGCUCAAGUGGGUCUCUCCCCCACCACUCUGGGACAGGGCAGCAUGAGCCGGCCAAGGCACGUGGGCAAGAUCUGGAAACGCCUGGAAGAUGUCAAGAGCCAGUGGGUCCGGCCAGCCAGGGCAGACUUCAGCGACAAUGAGAGUGCCCGGCUGGCCACAGAUGCCCUCCUGGAUGGGGGGCCUGAGGCCUACUGGCAGGUGCUCAGCCAGGAAGGCGAGGUGGACUUCUUGUCCUCGGCGGAGGCCCAGUACAUCCAGGCUCAGUCCAAGGGGCCCCCCUGUGCCCUGGAGUCCCCGGGAGGGGUCGAGGCAGGCCCCAAGGGACUCGACUCCUGCUCCCAGCAGUCAGGGACCUACUACCCCAUGGCCUCGGAGGGCAGCGAGCCGACCCUGCUGCACACCUGGGCCUCGGCUGAGAAGCCCUACCUGAAGGAGAAGUCCAGUGCCACCGUGUACUUCCAGACGGACAAGCACAACAACAUCCGAGACCUCAUCCGCCGCUGCAUCCACCGGACGGGGCAGGUCCUGGCCAUCCUAAUGGACGUGUUCACGGAUGUGGAGAUCUUCUGUGACAUUCUAGAGGCAGCCAACAAGCGUGGGGUGUUCGUCUGUGUGCUCCUGGACCAGGGAGGUGUGAAGCUCUUCCAGGAGAUGUGUGACAAAGUCCAGAUCUCCGACAGUCACCUCAAGAACAUCUCCAUCCGGAGCGUGGAAGGAGAGGUGUACUGUGCCAAAUCAGGCAGGAAGUUCGCCGGCCAAAUCCAGGAGAAGUUCAUCAUCUCCGACUGGAGAUACGUCCUGUCUGGAUCGUACAGCUUCACCUGGCUCUGCGGACACGUCCACCGGAACAUCCUCUCCAAGUUCACAGGCCAGGCAGUGGAGCUGUUCGACGAGGAGUUCCGCCACCUCUACGCCUCCUCCAAGCCCGUGAUGGGCCUGAAGUCCCCCAGGCUGGCCGCACCCCUCCAGCCCAGGGCAGGCCCCAGCCCACCGCCCGCCCGCCUCAGUGGCAGCAGCUGCUCUGCCAGUGACCGCACAUCCUCCAACCCCUUCAGCAGCCCGUCGACGGGCAGCAACCCCCAGAACCAGAGUCUGUCCUUGUCCUCGGGGCCCGGCAGUCCCCUGGCCCCAAACCCACCUCCGCCCCCCAGGUUUCAGCCCCACCACGGCCCCUGGGGGGCCCUGAUCCCACAGGCCCACUUGUCCCCAAGGCCCCUAGAUGGCCCACCUGCUCUCUACAGCAACCUCAACGCCUACAGGCCCACACGGCUGCAGCUCGAGCAGUUCAGCCUGGUGUCCAGGGUGGCCCACACCUGGAGGCCCUUUCUACAGGCCUCACCUCAUUUCUGAAGGGUCCCUGCCCCCAGCCGCCCUCCCUGGCCCAGGGCUGGGCAUUCCUGGAUUUUCUGGCCCAAGGACCCCGCCUCGACGACUAGCAGCUUUAACCUGCUUCCCCUUGAACUAAAGGCGCUUGGACGAAAUCGUUGCCUGUGUUUGAAUGUUCCCAGGCCUGAGACCCUGCACUUGCUGACCCCCCCACUCCCUGGGUUUCCCUCUCCAGCAUGGCCUACGCAGCACAUCCCGGAAGGUUCCAGGGAGGUGGGGGAUGGGGAGCCAGAGGACAAAAUCAUGGAAAUAGAGCCCCUUUCUCCCAAAGAGCGGCCAGCGCCUUAAUAUUAAUGUUCCUGGAAUCUCUGUGAGAAGGGGCAGAUGCAGCACAAGCCUUACAUAUGGGUAAACUGAGGCACUGAGAGGCAGAGGGUGGGUGUGAUCAAGGUACUCUUGUUUCCCAGUGCCCAGGAACAGUCCACUCCCCAGGGAUUCAGGAGAAAGGAUGGGAACAUUCUGGAUGUUUCUGGGAGAGGUGGGAAAACUCAUCCCUGGAAAGGUGUAAUUCAUCCCUGGGCCUGAUGAAUUAGGGAUGAGGCCCCAGUGAAAGUGUAGCCACUGGGGAUGGGGCAGGCUGAGGCGUCUAGGUGAUGGAGCUGGACAGGGCAGUUUAUCAGCUCAGGUUCUCACUUCCAAGAGCCUUGGGUCGGCCUGGAGGUCCCUGAGUCUGGACUGAGUCCCAGGGCCUUGAGUUGUCAGGAUCUAGGGGUGGCCCUGCAGCAGUGCCCAGGGCAGCCUUGAGCAACCAGGGAGGCUCCUGUGUUGACCUUGCAGCCCAGGCACAGCCAGCUGUCUCCAGAUCCAGGUGCCUCUGUGGCUUGUUGACAACCUGA